AUAAGUUUCAUUAGAGUAUUUUGUAUUCUUAUUGGUGGCAGCCUUCAAUUCUCAUUAUCUUUCUUUGCUUAGAAAUCUAAAAAUUUCUUAUGGGAGUUCAGAAGCCUUGAAAAAAAAAUUACCCUUUGAAAAAUAAAUAUUUCAAUUUUCAUCAAAAUUCUACAAAUGUCAUCUUUUUUGGGUAGAGAUCUGAAAUUUUCUAGUGUUUCUUUCCAAAUCUUGGAAUUAUAUGGCAAAACAUACCUUCAUAUUUAAUUUUGUUGCAUGAACUUUCAAUUCUAGAUGAUUCCGUUAGUCAUCUAGGAACAAAUCUGUAACCAUAUCAGAAUCCUCUUGUUACAUUAAUGACCACCACAAUCAAUAGUAUUUUCUCCAUAUAUUACAGUAGACUUUGUAUCAAAUAUUGAGUGGUUUGUUUUGGAUAAGGGCAAUGGGCCGGGGCAGCCCCUGGCCCAGGCCGGGCUGGGAUGGGCCUUAUUAGGGUCGGGCCUGACCUUAUUGGGGCCACGCCAGACCAAAAACAAAUGAAGUGAUAAAAAGAGAAGAAGAAAAAAAACAGGCCUGGCCGGGUUGAACCAGGUCAGCACUGGCCCUAGCCCAGACCUCAGGCCAUAGUUUGUGGGCCAAACUUUACUCUUUUUUUAGGGCUGGGCUGCCCGGUCCAUUGCCAGCCCUACUUUUGGACAAAAGGGCGGAGCUUUCCUUUUGACCAGUAGGGGUAGUUCAGAAAUUUUGAAAAUAGCUAAGAGGUGUAUGAUACUUCAAAGUCAUAAUAUAAAUCCAAGAAGUGGUUCUAAUCUAUUGUCAACGGAUGGCACCUGGCAAUUAAGAAAAAGUUGAACUACUACCAGCACCUACCUUCACCUGUUCAACCAACUGAUUGCAUAUUAUUCAAGGAACGCUCCUGUUUGCUAAAGCACAGAUUCAAAUGCAAAAGCUCUAGGUGAACCAGUCAGAAAUCAGAAACCAAUUGUUCAAACUACCCUCUUCUCUUUUCCCUUUUAUCCCACCAUUUUGAUAUCACCUGCCUUAAACCAAUUCCUCUCCAGCAACGUUGUUAUAUACCCUUUAAAUGUGAUUCUGGCUCAUAAUUGUUGACCGCAAUUAUUAAGUUGCUAAACUAUCUCCAGGCUCUUGAUCAUGAACUAUGAAUUGCAAACCGAGUAACAAUGGCAGGCGGUGCUUCCCUCGUCGCGUUUGUUAUGCUCUUAUUGCCCUUUUUUGCUUCAUCUGAUGACCCACAGUAUGAAGCUUGUGCUCCUAGCGAUUGUGGAAAUGGCCCCAGUAUCAGUUAUCCUUUUUGGAUGGAUGUCUCACCAGACUUUUGUGGUUAUCCUGGCUUUAAAAUCACGUGUGCCUAUAAUGUUACCGUUAUGACAACCAUUUCAGGGGAAGAAUACUAUGUAAGAGGUAUCGACUACAAGAGCCAGACUUUCACAAUUGCCAGUUCAAAGUUGGUGGAAGAAGGUUGUCCUCAACAUGGUUACAGUCUCAGUCUUCAUUCUCCUAUCCUAUAUUACACCAUGGAGAACAGGAACAUUUCCUUCUUGUUUAAUUGUUCUCGUCAAAUUCCAAAUUCUCUCAGAGGGCCAUUACAUUGCCUUGAUCGUAGUGACUAUGUUGUUAAUUAUAGCUUCUCAGAAUCUGAGUUGCACAGAUAUGAAUGUAAAGAGAUUUCCGUGGUCCCUGUUUUGGGCACACCGGAUUUUGAACACCCCUCCCAUGGUUUGGAUGGGUUGUUAAAGGCAGGAUUUGGGAUGGGAUGGACUGCGAGUGCUUGUGGUCCUUGUGAGAUUUCAGGUGGGAGAUGUGGGUAUAACGCGAGCACGCAACAAUUUAUUUGUUUCUGUGCAAAUGGUCGUAGAGAUGAUAUCUGUAAGGGUGGUAAGGCUUUAGUGCACAAUCUUUUCUUAUCGAAAUUUCUAAGGGUUGGAGUAUCAGAUUGUUGCUUUAUAUCAUCACUUCAAGGCUUGCUUCAGUCGAGAUUCUUCAGCAACCAGGCUGCCAAAGAUAUCUGUCAAUAUAGCGAGAACAAAAGAAUUGAACAAAAGCUCUCCAGCUGCAGCAUCUUCUACAAUUGUGAUACUCGCUCUGCCCUCAAUAACGAAGAAACCAUUUGGGCCUUUAAAGGGUGCGAGAAGACCCAGGAGACUUAUUACACUGAUAAACAAGAAAUAGUAAAUAAUUUAACUCCUCCAUCUGCUUGUUCUUGGAUUCAGUAUCCUGUGCUAGAAUCCAGUCUUAAGGCUAUGAAACAUGGCAAUGGAUCCUGGAACCUUCUGGAGCUUUUAAAGGAGGGUAUUGCCCUUCAAUGGGAGCAAUUUCCUUCAGAGUGCUCAAAUUGCACUAGUUCUGGUGGCCGCUGUGCGUUGAAUGCCACUGAUAGAACGACGAUUGCUUGUUACUGCAAGGAUGGGGAAGCUUGUGACAGCGGUAACAACCACCGCAUGCGCCAGAAAAUGAUUAUAAUAAUAGUUCUGAGUGCAACAUUUGGAACUUUUCUACUAGCUGCCUUUUUCUACAGCGCGUACACCUACAAAAAGAAGAAGCGCUCGAAUUCUCUUUUACUCACCCGUGCCAUCUCUAGUGAACCCUCGUCGAAAGGUGAGUACAAGAGUAGCCUUCAGCAAUCCAUGAUCCAUGUCUCUAGCAUCACUGUCUUCACCUAUGAGGAGCUUGAAGAGGCCACCAUUAACUUCAGUCCCUCUAAAGAGCUCGGCGACGGGGGCUUUGGAACUGUCUAUUUGGGUAAGCUAAGAGAUGGCCGAUUGGUAGCAAUUAAACGCCUAUAUGAGAACAAUUGUAAGCAAGUCGAGCAAUUCAUGAAUGAGAUAAAAAUUCUCUCAUCGGCUCGACACCCCAACUUAGUUUGCCUCUAUGGGUGCACCUCUCGCCAUAGCCGUGAGCUCCUAUUGGUGUAUGAGUAUAUGCCCAAUGGAACUGUGGCUGAUCACCUUCAUGGUGAUGGAUCCAAGUCAAAGGGUGUGCUUUCAUGGAAGAUUCGCAUGAGUAUUGCUAUCGAGACGGCGGAUGCCUUGGCAUAUCUGCAUUCAAUCGAACCCCCGAUUAUCCAUCGAGACGUGAAGACGAAUAACAUCUUGCUAGACAACAACUUCAGGGUGAAGGUAGCGGACUUCGGAAUGUCGAGAUUGUUUCCUUUGGAUGUGACGCACGUCUCAACUGCCCCUCUUGGGACCCCUGGCUAUGUCGACCCCGAUUACCAUCAAUGUUACCAACUGACUGACAAGAGUGAUGUUUAUAGCUUUGGCGUGGUUUUAGCAGAGCUCAUCUCAGGGAAACCAGCCGUAGAUAUAGCAAGGCAUAGACAUGAGAUCAAUUUAGCAACAAUGGCCAUUAACAAGAUUCAGAACCGAGCUCUUCAUGAAUUGGUUGAUCCUGAAAUUGGGUUCGAAUCUGACCCUUUGGUUAAGAAGAUGGUCACUCUAGUGGCUGAACUGACAUUUAGAUGUUUGAGUUUAGAGAAAGAUUUGAGGCCGACAAUGGAGGAGGUAGCGGCAGCUUUGAGGCUUAUUGAGUCAAAUGAUGAGGAGAUGAAGAAGAUGGGGCCAGAGGUUUUUGGGGGAGAGGAGGUGAAUUUGCUCAAGUCUUAUCCCCCUUGUUCACCAGAUUCAGUGACUGAUAAAUGGGUAAGCCGCAAUACCACCCCAAAUUCAAGUUCGUGACGUUUUCAGGGUGUUUGUGCAUUCUCUCUCUCUCAGCCAUAGUUUCAUCCUUGAUACCAGUUGAUAAGAUUUUCCUAGUUUAUAUGCAUAAAUCUCUCUCUCACUGGCUCAGUUCAUAAGAUUUUCUUAUCUCUCUCUCUCUCCACACAAGAUUUUUUAGUAACUUGGAGUUGUGUUCCAUAUUUUGAGUGUAAAUAUUGAAUGUCAUUCCUUGUACCAUCCUGGGAUCCCUUUUGUUGGGCUCUUUUUAUUAUAAUUUUAUUUCAGUUUUUAUA